UUGGAACGAUGAGUUGGGCAAGAAGAACAAAAAUUCUCAAAAUUCCAAAGAUAGCAGAAAAAAAUGUAAAAGAGUAAGAAGAGGAAAAAAGAAAAAAAAUCUAGAAGUAACAAAAGAGAAGGAAAAAAUAGUUGAAGAAUAG